UUACACUACGUGUGUACUUAUUGCUAUUUUUUGUUUACAGGUUUAAACGGUGUUUUCUUAACAAUGACCCCGUGAAGCCUAAAAGUAAAAAGAAGAAAGAACAUUAACCCGUGAAAAGCGUUCACCUGUGUCCAUGACAGGAGGAGAGACCGGAAAAGGAUUCUGUUUAGGACGUGUGUGCUCGUUGUCUUUGUAACACAGCGAUGGAUUCGAAUGACCCAGAGAGCUAUACGUGGAAGAGCAGGAUGAGUGCCAACAUACGCCGUCAGGAGGAGCUAAUCGCUCAGAAGAAGAGGGAGAUCGAGGCCAAGAUGGCCGAUCAGGCCAAGAGGAACCGGCCUGCCCCUGCCAAGCCCCUCCCUGUUGCUGCUGCUGUCAGCAUUCCUAGCCCACAUGGACCCAACAACAAUAAGUUUCUAAAUGACGGCAGCUUCAUGCAACAGUUCAUUAAGAUGCAGAAGGACAAACCCAGCAGCGAUUCAGGUGCCAACAGUGUUUCCAAAGCCCCCCCUCUGUCGCCCAACCAGGCCCCCACCACCAGCCUCCCGUCGGGGGCGCAGAAGAAGAACAUCCUGAUCGGGAAGCGCCCGGGCCUGGGCAUCAGCAGCAUGCUGAAGAGCUACACGCAGGCCAAGAAGGCGCCGUCGCGGCCCCCGCGGCCCAGCAUCUUCACCGACGACGACGAGGACGAGGGGGACCAGGAGAGCAUGGACGUUCACUUCCUGGAGCUGAAAGUUUCCCCCCCAGAGGACCAGGACGUGCGCUGCAUCAUGGACAAGCUGGCCGGCUUCGUGGCCGAGGGAGGAGCGCAGCUGGAGAGGAAGGCCGUAGAGGACUACAAGGACAACCCCCUCUUCGCUUUCCUGAACGAUAAGAACAGUCGAGAGUAUCUGUACUACAGGAGGAGAGUGGCUGAGAUCAGGAAGGACAACCCCAAGCCUGAGACUCCCGCGCACCCACCACAGGCUAAUGUCUCCCCCUCAGUGGACCGCGACACCCAGAAAGUGGCCCAGAAGCUGGCCCGGUUCGUGGCCGACGGCGGCCCGGAGGUGGAGGCCAUGGCAGCUCAGCACAACAGGGACAACCCUGCCUUCAGCUUCCUGUAUGAGCCCCAGGGUGCUGCCUAUCAGUUCUUCCGGGAGAAGGUGGUGGAGUUCCAGAUUGCCAGAGACACCCCCCCACCCACCCACGGGGGUUCCAGAACCUCCGAGGCCCCGGCCCCGGCCCCGGCGGCCGCCCCCGUCCCUCAGCCCCCGCCCCCCGGCCAGGAGGACGCGCCGGCCGGAGCCCCCGCCAUCAAACGCAAGCGCAAGAGCCGCUGGGGCGCGGAGGACGACAAGGUGGAGCUGCACAUCCCCCCCAUCAUCGCCCCCCCCACCGCCGACAUCGAGCCCGACCUCCCAUCACUGUCUGCUCAGGAUCUGGCAGGUCUGGGCUAUAAGAGGGGGAAGCCGGUGGGAUUGGUGGGCGUGACCGAGCUGUCGGAGGACCAGAAGAAGCAGCUGAAGGAACAGCAGGAGAUGCAGGAGAUGUUUGACAUGAUCAUGAAGCACAAGAAGGCCAUGCAGGAGAUGCAGCAGAUGUGGGAGAAGGCCGUGCGGGACCACCAGCACGAGUACGACAGCGACGAGGAGGUCGACGUCGACGACGGCACCUGGGAGCACCGCCUGCGCCACAUGGAGAUGGAGAAGACUCGCGAGUGGGCGGAGCAGCUGACAGAGAUGGGCAAAGGGAAGCAUUUCAUUGGUGACUUCCUCCCGCCUGACGAGCUGGAUAAGUUCAUGGAGACGUUCAAAGCACUGAAGGAGGGGCGCGACCCUGACUACUCUGAGUAUAAGGAGUUCAAGCUGACGGUAGAGAACCUCGGCUUCCAGAUGCUGAUGAAGAUGGGCUGGAAGGAGGGAGACGGUCUGGGCUCAGAGGGUCAGGGCAUCAAGAACCCCGUCCACAAGGGUCAAACAGCAGUGGACGGUGCAGGGUUUGGGGUCGACCGUCCAGCUGACCUCUCCAAAAAUGACGACGAGUAUGACGCGUUCCGUAAAAGGAUGAUGCUGGCCUACCGGUUCCGACCCAACCCUCUGAACAAUCCACGCCGACCGUACUACUGAGGACACCAUUGCUCUCACUCGACUGCGAUUCCUCUUUUUCAUGUGUCCGUGUCUGUCGACUACCAAAGGGCGGGCUGUGGGCCGUCUGAAUGAUUCAUUGGAGUGUUAUAUUUUUGUGAGGGUAGACUUUUUUACUGUGCCAGGCAUCCGUGCUUUUCUGCAGUGUUUGAAGUGGAAAGAGCAGUGAUGCUAGAAGCCAGUGCUUUAGACGAGGGGGGGGGGGGCACUCUGUAGACGUGAGCCGAAGGUGGAGACGUUUGCUCACGAGUGUGAGACUGACACGAGCAGCGCUGUGUUCUCAUUGGUUUCUCAAAGCUAUCACGUCUACCAUG